CGGACGCGCGGGCGCUGUGAUCCCCGCCGCCCGGCUCUGAGGCCGACCCGCCCAGUUCCGCCGACGCCCGCUCUGUGGGUCGGUCAGUCAGUCACCGAGCGCGCGCCGCGGGAGCUGCGGUCGCUCUCAGCGUUCGGGAGAGGAGCGUCGCGCCUGGCGAGGCGGCAGCGGCGGCUGGAGGGCGCGAGCAGCUGCUGCCUAGCGCGGGGCUCCGGGAGGGCCGAGGGGCUGCCGCGAUGGAGCAACUAUCUGAUGAAGAGAUUGACCAUGGUGCAGAAGACGACAGUGACAAGGAAGAUCAGGACCUGGAUAAAAUGUUUGGGGCCUGGCUUGGGGAGCUGGACAGACUUACUCAGAGUUUGGAUUCUGACAAGCCCAAAGAACCAGUGAAAAGAUCUCCUCUUCGCCAGGAAACAAAUAUGGCCAACUUUUCUUACCGUUUCUCCAUAUACAACUUGAAUGAAGCUCUGAAUCAGGGUGAGACUGUGGAUCUGGACGCCCUGAUGGCCGAUCUCUGCUCUAUAGAGCAGGAGCUCAGCAGUGUUGGCUCAGGAAAUAGUAAGCACCAAGUCACAGAACCAAAAGUUGCUCAGAAGCUACCUGCUAGCCGACAUACAUCAAAACAUGGCACCCUGAGAGGAGUGUCAUCUUCCUCUACUAGAACAACUAAGCCUCCGCAUGCUAACUACUCCCUGGAUGACAUCACUGCACAGUUAGAGCAGGCUUCCUUGAGCAUGGACGAGGCUGCUCAGCAGUCUGCAGUAGAAGAUGCUAAGCCCCCCGCAACAAACCAGCACAGAAGGACCGCGUCAGCAGGCACCGUGAGUGACGCCGAAGUGCGCUCCGUUAGCAACUCCUCCCGGUCGAGCAUCACUUCUGCGGCCUCCAGCAUGGAUUCUCUGGAUAUUGACAAAGUCACACGCCCUCAAGAACUGGAUUUGACAGCACACCAGGGAAAGCCAAUUACUGAGGAAGAACAGGCAGCAAAACUGAAAGCUGAGAAGAUCCGAGUUGCUCUGGAGAAAAUUAAAGAGGCUCAAGUGAAAAAGCUGGUGAUCAGGGUCCACAUGUCUGAUGACAGUUCUAAAACAAUGAUGGUGGAUGAGAGACAGACAGUGAGACAAGUGCUGGAUAACCUGAUGGACAAAUCUCACUGUGGCUACAGUUUAGACUGGUCGCUGGUGGAGACCAUUUCUGAGUUACAAAUGGAAAGAAUCUUUGAAGACCAUGAAAACUUGGUUGAAAAUCUUCUUAAUUGGACAAGAGACAGCCAAAAUAAGCUUAUAUUUAUGGAGCGAAUAGAAAAAUAUGCACUUUUUAAAAACCCCCAGAAUUACCUUCUAGGGAAAAAGGAAACGGCUGAGAUGGCAGACAGAAACAAAGAAGUGCUGUUAGAGGAAUGUUUUUGUGGAAGUUCUGUAACUGUCCCAGAAAUUGAAGGAGUCCUUUGGUUGAAAGAUGAUGGCAAGAAGUCCUGGAAAAAGCGUUAUUUUCUCUUGCGAGCAUCUGGUAUCUACUAUGUCCCUAAAGGGAAAGCAAAGGUAUCUCGGGAUCUAGUGUGCUUUCUCCAGCUGGAUCAUGUAAAUGUAUACUAUGGGCAGGACUAUCGGAACAAAUACAAAGCACCCACAGACUGCUGUCUGGCCUUAAAGCACCCACAGAUCCAGAAGAAGUCUCAGUACAUCAAGUACCUUUGUUGUGAUGAUGCACGGACCCUGCAUCAGUGGGUCAAUGGGAUCCGCAUUGCCAAGUAUGGGAAGCAGCUCUACACGAAUUACCAAGAAGCCUUGAAGAGGACAGAGUCAGCUUAUGAUUGGACCUCUUUAUCCAGCUCCAGCAUUAAAUCCGGAUCCAGUUCUUCCAGUAUCCCAGAGUCUCAGUCCAAUCACUCUAAUCAGUCUGACAGUGGAGUAUCUGACACCCUGCCCUCCGGACACAUCCGCUCCCAAAGUACUGUGAGCUCUAUCUUCUCCGAAGCCUGGAAGCGAGGCACUCAGUUGGAAGAGUCCAGCAAGGCCAGAAUGGAGUCUAUGAAUCGGUCCUACACUUCACUUAUGCCCCCCCUGUCCCCUCAAACUAAGAUCAUCACUCCCUAUACUGCCUCACCUUCACCGCCUCUGCCUCCUCCUCCACCACCACCUCCUCCUCCUCCACCUCCACCACCACCACCUCCUCCUCCUCUCCCCAGCCAGUCUGCACCAUCUUCAGGCUCAGCAGCCACCAUGUUUGUCAAGUACAGCACAAUCACCAGGCUGCAGAAUGCAGCUCAGCAUUCAGGGACCCUGUUUAAGUCUCCAGCACCAUCAACGAUGCAGCCUCUUCCUUUGGCUUCACAGUCCAAGGCUCAAAUUGUGGUGCCCCCCAAUGGAGUUAUUCCUCCACCCCCUCCUCCUCCCCCACCCCCAACCCCCGGCUCAGCCAUGGCCCAGUUAAAGCCAGUGCCAUGUGCCCCAUCCCUACCACAGUUCAGCCCCCAACCUCCUCCCUUGAAGAUUCAUCAGGUUCAGCAUCUUCCUCAGGCAGCCCCUCCUACACCCCCAGCAGCUCCUCCCAUCCCUGCAACUGUGCCACCUCAAGCACCCCCUAAACCUCUGGUGACCAUUCCUCCUUCAGCCAGCACAAAGAUGGUGUCACCAGUAGUAGCACAAGCUGUACCACCUACCCCUGCACCUCCAGUGCCCCCAACAAAGAAACAGCCAGUAUUCCCUGUUUCUCACAUUCCACCCACUCCCCCUGUCCAGCCUACCCCACAUCCCCCACCAACACUACCCAAGCAGCAGAGCUUUGGGGUGAAGCCACCCCCUCCACUGUCCCCUGUGCCCUCAGUUGUGAAGCAGAUGGCCAGUCAGUUUCCACCCCCUCCCACUCCUCCUCCUGUGGACUCUCAGCCCCUAAAACCUCUCCCAGCAAGUGUCACCCCACAGUCCCCUCCUGCAGUAAAAGCAAAACCCAAAUGGCAGCCCAGCUCAAUCCCUGCCCCUUCUCCAGAUUUCCCUCCUCCCCCUCCUGAAAGCAGCCUGGUAUUUCCUCCACCACCUCCUCCAGCCCCAGCCCCAGUCCCACCACCACCACCACCACCUCCACCACCACCACCACCACCACCAGUGUCACCUAUGGCUUCACCUACCCCUGACAAAGGUGGAUCUCCAGGCAAAAAGACAAGUAAGAUGUCCAGCCCUGGGGGGAAGAAACCACCCCCAACCCCGCAGCGCAACUCCAGCAUUAAGUCCGGCAGUUGUGCAGAGCACCCUGAGCCCAAGCGACCCUCGGUAGACAGUCUAGUCAGCAAGUUUGCACCGCCAGCAGAAUCAGGGUCUCCCAGCAAGGAGACCCCACCACCUCCUGCAGCACCCCCCAAACCUGGGAAACUACACCUUUCUGGAGUCAACCUCCCUGGAAUCCAUCAGCAAGGGAUUUUGUCGGCAAAACCCUCUGUUCUAAGUGGGCGUGGAAAGGACACCGUGGUGGAAUUUCCAUCUCCACCAUCUGAUUCUGACUUUCCACCCCCUCCUCCUGAAAUAGAGCUUCCUCUACCCCCUAUCGAGAUUCCAGCUGUCUUCUCCGGGAACACCUCCCCAAAAGUAGCAGUUGUUAAUCCUCAGCCACAGCUAUGGUCUAAAACAUCAGUGAAGAAGGCCCCUCCACCUACCCGGCCCAAACGCAAUGACAGUACCCGUCUCACUCAAGCUGACAUCUCUGAACAGCCAGCGAUGACCACAGUUGUGCCACAAGUGCCCACUUCUCCUAAAUCCAGCCUUAGCGUCCAGCCUGGAUUCCUAGCUGAUCUCAACAGGACACUGCAGCGCAAGUCUAUCACACGGCAUGGCUCCCUCUCCUCCUCACGUAUGUCAAGAGCAGAACCCACAGCCACCAUGGACGACAUGGCACUACCCCCACCACCACCAGAACUGCUGUCUGACCAGCAGAAAGCUGGCUUUGGAGGUAGUCAUAUUUCAGGUUAUGCAACAUUGCGAAGAGGACCCCCUCCCGCCCCUCCUAAAAGAGACCAGAAUACUAAGCUCUCAAGAGACUGGUAGCCACAAGACAUUUUCAUGCUAUCUAUAAUCAGUUCUACAAUCAGUUCAUCUGAUCAUCUGUGAAUCCAGGUGUUCAGAGCCUCCUGAUAUGUUAUUCAGGUAGUGUCCAGCUGUGUGUGUGGGUUUGUGUGUAUAUGUGCUGCAUGUGUGUACAUGGAUGUACACACAGCUAUACAGACCGUGUGUAUAUACAUAUGUAUACAUCUGUGAAUGUG